AUGGCUGAGACGACGGUGCCCAGACAAGUUGAAAUGCCACGCAAGCGGAAAGAGAAAAGUGCGAAUGUCCCGCAGGGUGGUCGAUACCACGCGCUUUCUCGGCGAAUCAGAGAUCGCGAGCUGAAACAUGGACAUGAUCUUGACUCCCUUGUACCCAUCCUGGCAUCAUCCUCGUUGAACUUGCGCCAAGCAUCAGAGUCGGCUAUUGUUUGUCUUGUUGAUUGGUUCCAAGAAUGUAAUAGCCACAGGUGGAUGGCGUUCAUCUCGAAGUCGUCGCCAGAGUCGAUCGCGAAGCGCCACGAGAAACUGGUGAAAGAGCUCGAAAAUCUGCAGAAUGCGCUGACGGAGUUCAGAACGGUUGAAAGAGUACAGCUAAUCAAGCCAUAUGAACGAUUUUUCGACCCAAAAACGAGGUUGCUUCUGACCAACUGCGAUAUGUUCACGUCGCGCUCGCUUUACAUUUGUUUUGUUUUUAUCGACACCAUUGAUGCCUUUUCAGAGGCAAUCGUCAAAAUGCUGAAAAUCGUGACUGAAAUUGAUGCGCAAAGACCAAAGCCGAAAGUGUGGUUCCCUGGACGAAUUGUUAAAGCCUCGCAGAAUAUCACCAACAGUGACUUCAAAGAUGUAGAUGGCCCUAUAGCUCUAGGGACAUCACAGAAUCCGGUCGUCUUUUCUAGUAAUGAGAGUUCACAAACCAGCUUGACCGAAUCAGAGUCGGACGAUGAAGACGAGGAAUCAGAAGAAAAGAAAAGGAAAGAAUUGGAUGAUCAGGCUUGCCCAGCGGAACCACCAAAAAAGCAAGACCCUGAUGCUUUCCCUCCUACAACGGCAUUCGGACGCAUGGUUGUGAAAGUUGCUCCUUUCUUCAGGUUCUUCAAAUCCCCUCAAGGUAUAUUUGCACUGCGAAUGGGCAUUGUUUCAGUAGCAUUAUGGAUACCCUCUGUGUGCCACUCAUCGGCGUGGUUUUAUUACGACAAUAAAGGGUUGUGGGCGCUUAUCAUGGGACAAAUGGGAUUAGCAGUAUACGCUGGAGAUCAGAUCGCUGGAUUCAUCGUCAGAAUAACAGGAACACUGCUCGGAUUAGUUGGCCAGUUCUUUGCUGUCAAGUCGGAUAUAACGUCCACUAAUACUGAUGCCACUCUACAGUUGGAUUGGUUGUCUGGUACAUUGGGGCAGGCCAUGGGCACGGAAACCCUUACGGACUCCUGGGUCAAUGCAAAUAUCGACGUUAUCUCCAAUCCCGGCGUUGGUGUCACCUUGGGGUGGAAGAGAGCUUUGCUCGUCAUCAUUGGGUUCACAGCGGGCUUCAUUGUAAUGCUGUUCCCCAACCCAAUAUCAUCCCGUGUCCUGGUCCGCAAAACACUAGCCGCAGUAAUAAGCGAGUCAGGAAAUAUCUUUGCAGGGGAGGUUGAAGCGUUCCUCAGCGAAGAACAAAAGGGCAGAAGCGGCAUUUAUGAAAAAAUCGAACUCGUGGGUAGAGCAGAGCCUGAUGAUAAAAAAGUAUCGCCGAAAGAGAGAAGAAUCAGAAGGAUUGCGAGAAGGGUUAUCGCUGUCUCAGCUGCGGAUGAUCGCCCCGUCGCUUUCGACGGCUAA